AUGGCACCCAAUUGCCUCUACUUUGUCAUCUUCAUUUGGUUGUUCCUUUUUAUUCAAACCUCAGCUAAGUCAACUGAUUGGACAAAUCAUGGUGGAGAUUUACAAAACCGUAGAUACGCGUAUGGCGAAACAAAAAUCAGUCCUAAAACUGUUGCUAACCUUAGGCUGAAAUGGAAGUUUGUAGCCGGAAAAGAUAUAACCGCGACUCCAACAAUAUACAACAACACCAUCUAUUUCCCAAGUUGGAAUGGAACCAUAUACGCGCUUAAUGCAUCCGACGGGUCAGUCAUUUGGCAACACAAUCUUGGACAACUAACCGGGCUUAAUUCAACAGGAUUCACAUCAGGAGUUAACUGGACUGUUUCAAGAUCCACCCCUACUAUUGCUGAUGAUCUUUUGAUCUUUGGGAUUUGCGGGCCCGCUUAUGUUCUGGGGCUUAACCGUAGCAACGGUGAGCUCAUUUGGUCUACCCAACUCGAUACGCAUUACUCGGCUAUUAUCACCAUGUCGGGAACUUAUUAUAAAAGUGCAUUCUAUGUAGGAACAUCUUCACUAGAAGAAAGCUCAAGCAUUGAAGCAUGUUGUACAUUUAGAGGGAGUCUUUCCAAGUUAAAUGUUACCAAUGGUCGAAUCUUGUGGCAAACCUACAUGUUGCCGGAUAACAACGGUAGCAACAAUGAAUACGCUGGUGCCGCCAUAUGGGGCAGCAGUCCGUCAAUUGACAUUCACCGGAAUGCAGUCUACAUUGCCACUGGAAACUUGUAUUCCGCUCCGUUAAAUGUCACACAAUGCCAAGAAGCCCAAAACAAUCAAACGACACCAACCGAAGAAGAUAAGUGCGUAGAGCCCGAUAACCAUUCGAAUUCUAUCCUCGCACUCGAUUUGGAUUCGGGACACAUCAACUGGUAUAGACAAUUAGGCGGUUAUGACGUCUGGUUUUUUGCUUGUAGGAAUGUUUCUACGCCCGGAUGUCCACCUGGCCCUAAUCCAGACGCAGAUUUUGGGGAAGCACCUAUGAUUUUAACCGUUAAUUACCACGGAAAAAAGCGUGACCUUGUGGCCACGGUACAAAAGAGUGGUAUUGCGUGGGCUUUGGAUCGCGACAACGGUAGCAUUGUUUGGUCUAUGGAAGCUGGACCUGGAGGUCCAGGCGGAGGAGGUACAUGGGGUUCGGCGACAGAUGGAAAGGCGAUUUACACAAACAUUGCCAACAGUUUGCGAGGUAACUUCACAUUGAAGCCGUCAAAUAUCACGACGACUAGUGGUGGAUGGGUGUCGAUGAAUGCCUCGAAUGGGGAUAUCUUGUGGUCUACGAGAAAUCCUAGUAACGCGACUGCAAGUGGCCCUGUGAGUGUAGCGAAUGAUGUUGUGUUUGCUGGCUCAACCAAUGGGACCGGACCUAUUUACGCUAUGAGUGCUGCAACCGGAGAAAUUUUAUGGUCGUAUGACACUGGAGCCAGUGUGUAUGGUGGCGUGUCUAUAAGCGAUGGUUGUGUGUAUGUUGGCAACGGUUACAAGGUUAGUCUUGGAUUUUUUGAUCCGACUUACACCGCCGGAGAUACGCUAUUCGCUUUUUGCAUCCUCUCGUAACCGACGACAACAUUACUGAUUUACUGUUCAUCUAUUAUAAUUUAUUUGAUGUGAUGCGAAUAAUGAACAAAAUUUCACAAAA